ACCUAGAGCACUUAAGUGACAGCCUUUCUGUUUCCGAGAAAAGUGAGGCCCACGUAUGUAAACCUGGAAGUGAAGGAGAAAACAGAUCAUUCUGCUAAGCAACCAGUGAUCUGGAAGGUAGUCAACCAAGUUAUCUUCAGACUGCAAGUUUUUAAAACCACUUUUUAGACAGCAAGCAAAACGGCUGAGUGUGCAGCAUCCCGGAACCCUCCAACAAGUGUGCAGAUCCUUCCUGUCUCCGGGAACUCCAGGCUUCGCCAUGGUGGAGUCUGAGCGCCUCUCAGCCCGUGGCUGUUGGGCUGUCUUCACCAACUUUUUGUGCACCAGAAAGGGAAUUCUCCUAUUUGCUGAGAUUAUACUGUGCUUGCUGAUUCUAAUCUGGUUCAGCUUCUCAACGCCAGAAUACUCCUCUCUGUCGGUGGUUGAGAUGAUCCUUGCUGAGAUCUUCUUUGUCAUCUACAUGUGUGACCUACCCACCAAGAUACAAUACAUCAACUGGCCUUGGACUGAUUUCUUCCGAUCCCUCAUUGCAGUCACCCUCUACCUAAUCACCUCCAUUGUUGUCCUUGUCGAGAGAGGAAAUCGCUCUGUAAUCAUUGCAGGGGCCCUGGGCCUCGUGGCUGUGUGCCUCUUUGGCUAUGAUGCCUACAUCACCUACCCCUUGAAGUAA